GAUCGAGUAAAGCAGCCCUUGUAUCACAGUGAGGCCAGAGUACAAGGCGAUGUUGGAUAAAGCAUGGCCAACCCCCCUCGCGUCCCUUCGCUUUUACCGUCAUCUUCCCUCCCCCUGCCGCUGCCCUCAACCCGCUCUAUACUUCAGUCGACGCGUCUUACCGCGUGUUGAACAACUCCUUGGCAGCUCUAACGCGUCGGAACGCCACCCAUGGCCGACGGCGAUGCGCAACAUGUCCACCACAUGUGGACACAGCCUACGGUUGACCUAAACUCUCCUGAACUCACCAUAUUCUACCGUGUCUUGACCGCGGCCUACAACCCAGACUCACUCGAGGGUGCGCCACCGCCACAAGCUCACCUCCUCCGCCCCGCUCCCGUUCCCGGCCUCAAGCGUUCGUCUGCCAUGGUAGACUGGCAGAGGAAAAACAGGCCAGUUGUCGAUGAUGAAGAUGAUUCCUCUGACGAGGAGAAUGUGCGCAUAACUCGUCGCCGCGUCAAGGGCAAGAGGAAAAUGCGCAAUGGCGAAGUCUCCACCAACAUCCUCGAAACACAACUCUACAUCCCUUUCGGUGACUGGGCUUUCGCUGCACAGAAACCCAUGGUCGAUGUGAAGACCAUCCUGAACCUCGGUGUAUCGGGGACGUGUUCCGCCACACUGAGAGACUGUGUGAUCGCGGACAGACCAUUGUCUGUGCUAUCGCAUAGCUGGCCGCUGAAGAAGAAUCACCAGUGGAGUGGAUUCUACCGCGAGCUCGCCUUACUGAAGUCAUCGGACCAUCUCCGUUCGCUGCAAGGCAAUGUCGUUCCAGCCCUCAUCAACGUUACCCGGAGUGUGGACGGCGUCAGUCUGAAUAUGGCUCCGCCACAUCCGACGUUCUGGAUGAAUGCCUCUGCUGACAUGCCCUUCAUCCUCAAAGCGUGCGUUGUCGAGGCGUACGACGCUCUACACAGACGCGGCAUUCUCCAUGGCAACCCGCAGCUCCAGAAUAUGCUCAUCUGCGGCGAUGGCACCGUGAAGCUCGUGGACUUCCAGUCGAGCCGCUCGAUGCGGUCGAUAUCGGUCGUUGGUAUUUACGAUGCGAACUCUGCCGACCUGGAACUGGAAGCGCGUCAGGUCAGGUUCAAGAUUGACUACGCCGACGCGCGCAAGUACGAGCUCGACAAACGCGAGAGAGCUCGUGCCAUUGCGCUUCGAAACCAGGAGAGAGCGAAACUUCGCAGGAUGGCCCUCGCACGCAGAUGGGAUGGUCCGGUCGAGGAGGAUGAAGUCUAUACCGGCGACGACCUCGACAAUCCUCCCAUCCCGGAACCAUUCUGGACAGACCACUGGGUCAACGACAUCGACCGCACUCCACGCAGAUUCAUCGUUCCAGGAAAGACGCAGGAGGAGGUCGAUGAGGCCGUGCGAAACUUCCAGAGCGUGCUGGUAGAAACUCAAGCAAACUAUGACCGGUGGUGGUUCACAAACCAGCAUCACGCUGGGUCCAGUCAAUCGAAAAGUCCGCCACAGGAGCCUGAGGACGAUGCGCUGGAAGUUAUACUGCUCGGAGGUGUUUACGUCCGGAGGCGCAGACGGACGCCUACUGAAUCCGGCGAAGUCGGCGGCCCGACGUUGACACGGCUGGAUACGCAGGAGGAGAUCCGCCAGUUCGUACGGGAGGCUGAGGCUGAUGCUGCCUUGGCGACCGAAUACCCGUUCCCAUCGAGGGUCAUUGCUAAGACAUGCGACGGCCGCGCCGUUGGUGCCGAUGACUACGGCUACGACCUACCCCCUGCGUCAUCUUCAGCCUCAGGCAAGCCGAAAGGACCCAUCGUCCGCGACUACGGUGCAGUGGUCGCCCCCCUGGAGCCAUUGCCAUCGAACCCGUACGAAAAAACGACCUCGUCCGUGAUCGCAUGCGGGGCGGGCGGGGAUCUCCCUCGUGCCUCCUCGACUACGAGCCAACCGCCGAAGGACGUGAAAGUCGUUGACUACGCGUUCAAGCCUCACGCUGCCCGCGGAGGAUACUACGUCUGCCAUCCUCCAACGGAGAACCGGAUAGGUGUCGAGCGCGUUCGUUACAUCCGCGAGACGAACCGCAAGACAGCACACGAUCUAGGGUUUGAACACCUGUACUCCACGGACGACAAGUACUGCUUGCCGCCUUCCUUCGCGCGUCCUGGCACUGACCGCCAUCCCUUCACGACCAUCUCCCUUGGCACCCUAAAGCGCCGGCGAGAAAAGAUCAUCGGCCGGGAGGAGUACGACGACUAUCCCCACGUACCGCUUCGCAAGCGUCUGAAGACGAAGUCCAACGAGGAGUCUGGCGAGGAUCCCGACCAGGAUUCUGACAAGGAUUCUGACGAGAAGCCUGACGAGAGGCCUCCUCCGCACGAUGAAUUAGAAUCAUGCGAAUACCUCAACGUCAAGGCAGACUGCCAGCUGAUCGAGCCGUCGGAGUACGCGCGGCGGCACACGGCGGUGGUGAAGGCGAGGAAGUGGGAAGUACUAGAGCCUGCGCCGCAUGGCUCCGAACCAGAGAGGUUGCGUUUCCGCGCGCCACGGGUCCUCAAAGCGGCGAGGGUGCGUCGAUUCCGCAAGCUCCCUGCCACACGGAAGGACUGGACGGGCGAGCGGGAGCCGUGCUUGUCCCCCAAGCUCGGGCCGCCGAAGCUGCCCGUCAGCCGGGAUGAGCCGAGGGCGAUCCUGGGCUCCUUCGUGUUCGACGCCCUCCCGCACUUGCAAGUGCGCCGGCUCACUGCGGAACACAAGAAGUUGUCGGCGAAACAGGCCAAGGGUAACAAGGAAGGCGUGCCUGCUCCGAGGGAAGCGUCUGGUGUGGAGGUGUUGCCGUCGUCGCCUGGAGCUGAGGCGUCUACUUCUGCGUCUGCGGACGAGGUGUCUGCAGACAAUGUCGACGAGCAGUAUUUCCCUUUGGACGACUCGGCGCCUGUCGCGGGACCCCCGGUAGCUCCUGUGCAAGAACCUGUUGCGGAUGACCAUGCGACGGACGUCCCUCGCGCGCCCCGCGGGGCACUCAAGGUUCAUAGAGAGCUCGCGAUGGAAACUCUCCGGCCAACCCCCCGCCCUCAUCGCCGUACGGUAGAACGCCGACGUCCCCGGUCGUCAAUGCAGGGGAUGCAGCGGCACGUUGGCUCGUCGGGACCCCCGGCAUCGUCCUCCUCCUCGCACUCGCACGGGCAUUCCGCGCACAGUUCUUCCCGCCCAUCGGCGUCCACGUCCAGGCCUAGGCAGCCUACGCCCGGUCCGUCUCGUUCCGUGGCGAGUGGUCCAGCGACGAGACAUGGCCCGUCGAACGUCCCGGCGUACGGUGGCGUGGCCUACAGCAUACCCAGGCUGCCAGACUCGCCUGCCGAUCAGCCCAGGGUCAAGAGGCGACGUACGGAUUCCGGCUCCUCGUCCACUCCUCCUCCUGAUCCUGUCGUAAAGGAGGAGUCCGACGACCAGAUGCUCGUAGACUCUACCCAGGGCCGCGAGCCCUGUGUCCCUUCCCCUUCCAAAAGCUACUGGCACUCACUCGUUGGGUGGUUCACGGGAUCCAGCUGAGUCCCGUCGCUGCCGCCUACGCAUUGUCAUAUCUCGUGGUCGUGAUUUUGAAUAUUGGUUGUGCCUAGCUUGUCUGAUGUCAUGCUGUGCUUGUGUUGUACAUGGAAAGUCUACCUCGUCGUUGUCGCUAGUUGUGUAAUAGCCCGCGCUGUCUGCAGUCCCGUUAUUUGUCUUCGAGUUGUGCAAUAGACUGUACCCUGCUGGUGCUCGAAGCACCAGGUUCUCUCUCA